AUGGCAUUCGAUAUUCACACUCUUCAACCAGUAGUCCUCCUUAAUGAAGGUGGACAACAUGUUAGUGGGGACCCGGGCCACAAACACCUUGAAACACGCGUUGUGACUGGACUUCAGCUGCUGCCAAAAGUAGAAAUAAUAGACGAGCGUGGACGUCCACUUCAAGAUAAGUUCUACAAAGAAGGCUCGAUUAUUGAGUUGCGGUGCAUAGUCAGCGAGGUGCCGCAGCCUACGCGUCAGGUCAACUGGAAGCAUGGUGCAAGACUGCUGAACUACGAUACGAAGAGAGGAGGAGUUAGUGUGAAAACGGAGGCAACCUCAAACGGCGCUCUCUCCCGGCUGUAUAUAGCGAAUGCGAACAGAAAUGAUUCUGGGAACUAUACGUGCUCUUUGGCGGAUGUAGCAGCAUCCGCUGUAUCCGUUCAUGUACUGAGAGGGGAAAAUCCUCUCGCGAUGCAGCGUGGGGGCGCCGCGAGUCUUUCGUUUUCAUUGGCGGCUUUGUUUAUUGCGCUGACAAGCUGACACAUAGCCGGCACGCGAUGGAUGCAUAAUUCGUGUAAUUAGAUAAAGUUACGAUAAAUCGCUAGGGUAAAGUUUC